UCAUAAUUUGGGCUAAAUUUUUAGGUCACCGUACAAAAAACCGGAAAUUCGUACCGAGCAUCAUCGGAGUUUCUGUAUGUUGGUCAGAAUCCUGUGAAGUUGAACAAGGAAAAUUCUAUUGCAAAUUCAAGGGAUCCUGGGAGAAGCUGGGAAAAGUGUAGCCAUUUCAGUUCCCAACGCGAAAUCGAAGCUGAAAUUGAAGCAGAUUAGUUUGAAGAAGAUUCAUCGACAUAGCCGAUGUUCGAUUUCCAGUAAUUUGGUAUGAACAAUAUCUUUUGAGAUUCUUGUUACUGUAAUUAGUUUACUCUCCGCACCGACGAUAAAUUGGCAGCGAUUUCAUUGAUGCCGCUGCUGUAAAGAAUCUCUUUCGAUUUGCGGCGGCUCAUUUCAUGAUAUGGAAGCAGUGGCGGAGGGAUUGUGGAGGCUAGCAGAUUAUCACGAGAAGAAAGGGGAAUUAGGGAAGGCAAUAAAGUGUUUAGAAGCUAUAUGUCAGAGUUCCGUGUCGUUCUUUCCAGUCGUUGAAGUCAAGACUCGACUUCGAAUUGCUACUCUUUUACUCACCCAUUCGCACAACGUUAAUCAUGCCAAAUCUCAUCUUGAGCGUUCUCAAUUGUUAUUGAAGUCUAUUCCAUCAUGCUUUGAAUUGAAAUGCCGGGCUUAUAGCUUGUUAAGCCAGUGUUAUCAUCUCGUUGGGGCUAUUCCUCCCCAGAAACAGAUUCUUUAUAAGGGUCUUGAUCUCACCAAUUCUGCUGGCCAUGAGCUGUCAGUGAAGCUAUGGUCUUGCAACUUCAAUUCACAGCUAGCAAAUGCUUUGAUCAUUGAAGGAGACUAUCAAAAUUCGAUUGCUGCAUUGGAGUCGGGAUACAUAUUUUCAGUUGAGAUAUGCUAUCCAGAACUGCAGGUUGAGGAGUUGGUGAAGCUUGGGAUAACUGAUGGUAUGAGAGAAGUCAGUUUGCAACACUCUGCCAUAUGGAUGGCUGGCGUUUAUUUAAUGCUUCUUAUGCAGCUUCUUGAAAACAAAGUAGCCAUCGAGCUGACGCGUUCUGAAUUUGUUGAGGCACAAGAGGCCUUGGUACAGAUGAAGAAUUGGUUCGUGCGCUUCCCUACAAUUUUACAGGCAUGUGAGAGUAUGAUUGAGAUGCUUAGAGGCCAGUAUUCUCAUUACGUCGGUUGUUACCAUGAAGCAACCUUCCAUUAUAUUGAAGCCGCAAAGCUAUCAGAGAGCAAAUCAAUUCAAGCAAUGUGCCGAGUUUAUGCAGCUGUCUCUUAUAUCUGCAUUGGCGAUGCUGAAUCAUCUACACAGGUAACACCUUUUCUUAUUACAGCGUUUAUAUACGAGAUGAAAUAUACAUGCGUCUAUGUUUGUUUGUUUUUUUUUUUUUUUUCGUUCGGACUGCUAAAAGAGAUGAAGUACAAGAAAGAAGAGUGCUUAAAGGGUAACAAAAAGAACUACAAUAAGAAGAUGCUGUUAAAAAAAGAAAACUACAUGAAAAACAUGCCUAUAAUAUUUAAGUGAAUAAAGGCGUAGAAAAGUAAAAAGACGGUAAAAGACAACGUGUCUAAGAUAUUUACAAUAAUACAACUUUACUAAUAUAAGCCCGAUAACUCUCCACCUCAAGUUAAAGCAUAUAUGCUAAUCAUGACCGUGCUAUAUUUAAUGCUUUCAUGAAGAUAUCUCCUAAUUGUUCUCCAUUCUUCAUGUAUCAUGUGGAUAUCAAACCUUGCUGUAUUUUCUUACGUAGAAAAUGGCAGUCGACCUUGGCAUACUGUACACACAUGAUCAAACGCCCCCACUAACCAACUACAUACUGCAAAAUACCUCUUUUCCCUUCCUAGCAUACGUGUGGUCAAUCAGGGGUCUAGCAUUUGCAUAUCGAAACAUUGGAUACUCGUUGAAGAUCUAGCUUUUUCCAAGCUUAGCAAUGGCAAACAAAUCUUUUUUGGUAUGCCAUAUGGUGGGGAAGUUCUCCCUUUAAAAUCACUUGUUCAUAUCUCUAUU